AGUGAAACACCUACGGAAGACUUUAGCAGCGGACCGAUGUGUCCCUCUUGUGUUGUGUUCCGGCUCGCUGACAGGUGCUGUGAAGUGGACUGAGGCCGCUCAGGACCCAGCCUGAGACCCGGUCACUGCUGCUUCACUGCUUAUCUCGAGUAUGUUGUGUGUGACAGACAGCAGCGCAGUCUGAACAUGCAUUCUCAGAUAUUACGUGGCGGCUCCGCAGCGGCCGUCGCUUGCAGAAGGAUGCGGCACAUUGUGGGAGCUGUGCUGGGCAGAGACGGCUGGAUGUGGAGAACACAUGAGGUCAAGCUCAUCAACACAGCCUCAGGUGACACAGUGAAGAUUGGAGAGCUCUCUUACAAAUUGAAAACACCCCAGAAUCCAGAACUUGUUCCUGUCAAACACAUUUCAGACUCCUUACCCCACAUAGUGGCUCAGCACCUGCGAUGGAUUAUGCAGAAAGAUCUUUUGGGUCAGGAUGUGUUUCUCAUCGGUCCCCCAGGACCCCUGAGACGAUCCAUAGCUAUGCAGUACCUGGAGUUGACCAAACGGGAAGUAGAGUACGUGGCACUGUCCAGGGACACUACAGAGACAGACCUGAAACAGAGGAGAGAGAUCCGCUCAGGCACGGCCUUCUACAUAGACCAGUGCGCUGUAAGGGCAGCGACACAAGGUCGAGUCCUGGUCCUAGAAGGGCUAGAGAAGGCGGAGAGAAAUGUACUGCCUGUCCUUAACAACCUGCUGGAGAACAGAGAGAUGCAGCUGGAGGACGGACGCUUCCUUAUGUCAGCUGAACGCUAUGAUAAGCUGCUACAGGAUCACACCAAAGAGGAGCUGGAUAGCUGGAAGAUUGUCCGUGUAAGUGAGGACUUCCGGGUCAUCGCUCUUGGUCUUCCUGUCCCCAAGUACAAGGGGAACCCGUUGGAUCCUCCUCUCCGCUCUCGCUUCCAGGCCAGAGACAUCUAUUACCUACCAUUCAAGGACCAGUUGGAGAUGCUGUACACAGCAGGACCAAACAUUGCUGCAGAAAGAGUGUCCCAGCUGCUGUCACUAGCCACUACGCUGUGCUCCCAAGAGUCAUCCAACCUUGGCCUUCCUGACUUCCCUGUGGACAACCUGGUUCCUGCCCUCCACGUGCUGAACACUUUCCCCAUGCUGUCCUCCCAGCAGCUUAUUCACAGACUUUACCCAUACGACAGCUUCCUGGGCAUGGAUGGGCGAACCGCUGUGGAAGGUGUACUCAGUAGAUUUGAGCUUUUGGACGGUCGUCGUCAACCAGCACCCAGCGCCAUUUUGAAUGUGUCCACGACAAGGGAUCUUGAAGGCUAUGCAGACGUCACAUUACGGGUUGUGGACAAGAACGUCACCUUUCAGGUUCCAGCAGGCACCGAGGGUCUCCGUCCACCCAACAGUAGCCCUACUUUUAUCAGUACACCAAGCCACUCCCAGCUAAUGGCUGAGAUGAUGCAAUCACACAUGGCUAAGGACAUAUGUCUAAUAGGAGCCAAGGGUUGUGGCAAGUCAGCGAUUGCAAGAGAGUUCGCUGAGAUGCUGGGCUACAGCGUAGAGCCAGUCAUGCUCUACCAGGACAUGACAGCCAGAGACCUUCUCCAGCAGAGGUACACUCUGCCUAACGGAGACACAGCAUGGAGGCCGUCCCCGCUGGUCACUGCUGCCAUUGAGGGCAAGCUGCUGCUUCUGGACGGUAUACACAGGGUCAACCUGGGAACGCUGGCUGUGCUGUCUAGGUUACUCCAUGACAGGGAGUUGGAUCUGUAUGAUGGGACCAGGCUGCUGAGGUGGGACAGAUACCAGACAGUAAAGGAACAACUACAGUUCAGUGACCAGCAACUGCAAGAGAGGUCCAUCCUGCCCAUCCAUCCAUCAUUCAGGGUGCUGGCCCUGGCAGAGCCCCCCGUUGUAGGUGCCAGUGCAAGCAGCAGCAACAGCAGAGGUCAGCAGUGGUUGAGCCCAGAGCUGCUCACUAUGUUCCUCUACCACACUGUCACCCCGCUGGCCAAAGCAGAGGAGAUGCGACUCAUUCAGGGACUGACUCUUAAUGUUCCAAAGGAAGCAGCAGAACAACUAUUGCACCUCGCACACAGUCUCCGUGGGACAAACGACCCCACAGCACAGUCUCUGGCCUCUUCUCUCUCCACCAGACAGCUGUUGAGGAUCUGUCGCCGUCUCUCUCACUACCCUGAGGAGAGCAUCGCUCACGCUGUCAAUAAGGCUUGUCUUUCCAGGUUCCUGCCCAGUCUGGCCCGUGCCUCUCUUGAAAAAAGCCUCUCCAGCUUCUCCAUACAGGACAAACCAGACCCUGCUGAGACUCAUGACUUCAUCUGUACAGUAAAGGACGGUGUGUUGACUAUUGGAAAUGUGUCUGCUCCCGUCUACAACCCCGAUGAGAAAAUUAAGGUUCCGGAUGUGCUCUUUUAUGAUAAUCCCCAGCACAUGAUGGUGAUGGAAGACAUGUUGAAAGACUUUCUAUUAGGAGAGCACCUCCUCUUGGUGGGCAACCAGGGUGUGGGUAAGAAUAAAAUAGUGGACCGGUUCCUACACCUUCUGAACAGACCCAGAGAGUACCUGCAGCUCCACAGGGAUACAACUGUCCAGACUCUGACCCUGCAGCCCUCUGUCCGAGAUGGCAUCAUCACGUACGAGGACUCACCACUGGUGAAGGCAGUGAAACUGGGUCACAUAUUAGUGAUCGACGAGGCAGACAAAGCUCCCACUAACGUCACCUGCAUCCUCAAAACCUUGGUGGAGAGCGGAGAGAUGAUUCUGGCUGACGGACGGAGAAUCAUAUCAGAUCCACGAGAGGCCGAGAGGAGGCCCAACACCAUAGUCAUGCACCCAGACUUCAGAAUGCUUGUUCUGGCCAACCGACCUGGUUUUCCUUUCCUGGGGAAUGACUUUUUUGGAGCUCUAGGUGAUAUCUUUAGCUGCCAUGCUGUGGACAAUCCAAAGCCCCAGGCAGAGCUGGCAAUGCUCAAACAGUACGGCCCCGAUGUUCCCGAUGCCACUCUGCAGAAGCUGGUGGCAGCUUUUGGAGAGCUGAGGUCCAUGGCCGACCAGGGCACCAUCACCUACCCAUACUCCACCCGAGAGGUGGUCAACAUUGUCAGACACCUUCAGAAAUUCCCUGACGAAGGUUUGGCGAACGUGGUGCGAAAUGUCUUCGACUUCGACUCAUACAACAAAGACAUGCGAGAGGUUCUGAUCGAAGCGCUGCACAAGCACGGGAUUCCCAUUGGAGCCAAGCCCAGCUCUGUCAAACUGGCUAAGGAGUUGCCCCUGCCAGAGGUCAAGAUGACAGGGUACUGGACAACAAACCAAGGUGGCAACGCUCGCCGUAAACUGCUUUGUCCCACUGAGACACACCACAUAGACAUCAAGGGUCCCGUGUUUCUACGUGUUCAGGGUUACCCCUGCAACAGACAGGAAAGCAGGGCGUUGAGUUUCAGCGAAGAGAAAGCCCACUGGCAAAUUCCCAUGAAUGAAGUCAACAUCAUCUGUGAUGUCACCACCAAAGAUGAUAUUCUGUACGUGGCUACAUGUAACCCAGUGUCAUUGUACUCAAUGAAGGAGCGUGGGGAGAUCAUUCACUGCAUGGAGCUUUACGACGUCUUCCCCCGGACCAUCAGCGGCGUCUGGCAGCCCUUUGUCACUGUUGCUCCACUUGGGAGUCCUCUGGAUGGACAGGUGGUGCUGCACGAGGAGCAGAGUAACACAGUUCUCCAUUUGGACAUGGUAACCGGCGCCGUGCGGAGGCUCAUGUUGUCUCCAGAGAGUAAGGAGCCCACCACCAGAGCCUCAAAUUGGUGGAGCAGUAAGGAACAACAGGGAGGUCAUAAAAUGUGUCACGACUUUGCCCACAAAAACUGGCUCCUCUUCUAUAAGGAGGAUGGCAACCAGCUGGAGGUGCUGGAUGUGCUGGAGGGCCAGGUUCACUCCAUCUCCCUUCCUAUCAACCUGAAGUCUGUUUUCCUUGUGGCAGAGGACCGCUGGCUACUGCUGGAGACUAAAACCAACAGGAAGUUCCUGCUGACCAAGCCCAUGCAUAUGACAGCUGAAGACUCUGGAGUGUGUCAGCUACACAGCAUCAGCGAGGAGCACAGAAUCAGUACAGCUGAGAUGUCUGUACCCGAGAUGGUGUCGUGUGACCAGCUACCAAAUGAGAACCUCAGCGCUGCUCUGGACCAAAAGAUUGUUUCACCUAACCGAAUACUGGCCGACAGCGGCUCAUUCGCGCAGCUCAUCGUGGGCUUUCCAGACCUUGUGUCCCAUAAUGAGAUGUACAGCUUUAAAAGGCCUGUUGACCUAUCGCUGAUGACUACGGAGAGCGGGGCUCACGCGUUCCUCAGAGGUGGGCUUCGGUCAAGCACGCCAAAACAGAACAAUUGUGUUAGUCUGCUCUCAGCCAAUCAGAUGGUACGGGCCCUUCCACCCAACAAGGUGCCCCUGAAGGAGGUCUACCCUAAAGAUGUCACACCUCCGAUGACAGCCGCGUACCUGGAGGUGACUGACCUGAACUCCAAGAAAGUCAAAUAUAUUCCAGUUCCAAGGUCAAUGACGGUGUCGCCUUACACCAACUGGCUGUCCAAGGUGUCAGAGUCCGAUGUGCUGAUGGCUCCUCUGGGUUCUGGAGGUGUGGUCACAGUGGAUAUGGGUGGGUACGUCCGCCUCUGGGAGACAGGAUUGGACACCCUACAGCGAUCACUGAUGGAAUGGAGGAACAUGAUCGGGACGGAGGAUGGCAGACCUGUGCAGAUUACCAUCCAGAGGAAGAGUGGCCAGGAUGUCACUGCCCCAAAACAUGGCAAGAUUGACCCCAACAAUGCUCCUCACGUUGGGGGAAACCAGUGGGCAGGAGGCACAGGCGGCAGAGACACAGCAGGGCUGGGUGGCAAAGGGGGCCCUUAUCGACUGGAUGCAGGGCACAAGGUGUACCAGGUUUCCCAGGCUGAGAAAGACGCAGUUCCAGAAGAGGUCCGCAGGGCAGCCCGUGAAAUGGGUGAGAAAGCCUUCAAAGAAAGGUUGAAGGAGAUCGAUAUGAGUGAGUAUGAUGCUGCCACGUACGAGCGCUUCUCCAACGCUGUCAGGAGACAAGUCCAGUCUCUACGCAUCAUCCUGGACAAUUUACAGGCUAAAGGGAAAGAGCGACAGUGGUUGAAGAACCAGGCUCUGGGAGAACUGGAUGAUGCUAAAAUCAUUGAUGGACUGACUGGAGAGAAGGCUAUAUAUAAACGCAGGGGAGAGCUGGACCCAGAGCUGGGCAGUCCUCAGCAGAAACCCAAGCGUUUACGGGUGUUGGCCGACGUGUCGGGUAGCAUGUACCGCUUUAACGGUGUGGACGGCAGGCUGGAGCGCUCCAUGGAGGCUGUGUGUAUGGUCAUGGAGGCUCUGGAGAGCUACGAGCACAAGUUCAAGUACGACAUAGUGGGCCACUCAGGCGAUGGCUACGACAUUGAGCUGGUCAGAGUGGACAAAGUCCCCAGGAACAACAAGCAGAGACUCAAAGUCCUAAAGACCAUGCAUGCCCACGCUCAGUUCUGCAUGAGCGGCGACUACACUCUGGAGGGCACAGAUGCCAGCAUUAAGGAGUUGGCACGAGAAGAGGCUGACGAGCACUUUGUGGUGGUGCUCAGCGAUGCCAACCUCGAACGCUAUGGCAUCCGGCCAGAGCGCUUCGCCCAAGUCCUGACCUCUGACCCGCAGGUCAAUGCCUUUGCCAUCUUCAUCGGAUCCCUUGGUGAUCAGGCUGAAAGACUCCAAAGGAUGCUGCCAGCAGGAAGAUCCUUCGUUGCCAUGGACACCAAGCAGAUCCCCCAAAUACUGCAGCAGAUCUUUACAUCUACAAUGCUGUCCAGUGCCUAAGAAUGACACACAAACAAAAACACACAAGCAUGUACAUUCACUUCUUAUCUCAAGCAUUCAAAACCUUCAAAAGAUGUGUUCUGUGAGCUCGUAUCACAACAUGAUAAUGCACUCUUCUAUCACUUCAUCUGAGCUGUAUCCGGUUUGAGGACUUGCCUUUGUACAGACCUGAAGGGAAAAGACCAGUUAUGUCAUGUUGUGUUGUGUUCUGCUAUAAAGGAACGGUUAUGUU